AUGGAGAAUGGAGAAGAUGAAGAUGAAGAUGAUCUUUCUGAAGCAUCAUUUUAUCAAUCACAAUUACAUACAGUACAAUUAAGAAAUAAAUUAGUCAAUCAACAAUCAGGUAGUCGUGCACCAACAAUGACUAUAGAUGUUGUACGUGUUGGUAGACCAUUAAAAAUUUUAGCUUUAUUAUUAUCAUUAAUUAGUAUAUUAUUAUUUAUUGUUGGCUCAGUCAGUACAUCAUGGAUUCAUAUUCAUUUUAAAUCAAUUGGUUUAUUUCAACAAUGUGAUAGUCUAUUAAAACAAUUCAAUCUCAAUCAUAAUAAUGAUAAAUUAUUCAUGAAUACAGAUAAUAAUGAAUCAAAUGAGAUUGAAAAAAUUUGUCAAUUUCGUGAUUUCCUAAAUGUUAAAGUACUUAUCAUUAUUAUCUUAGAUUUGAUUGCUUUGAUCUUAGCAAUAAUUGGAAGUUCUUUACUAUUAAGUGGAAUAUUCUCAUUGAAUAUUAAACGUAAACGUAGAUUUUAUCAUAUAUCAAUUGUAUUACAUAUACUUUCAUGUAUCACAAUAUUAUCAGCAUUAAUUAUCUUAGUGAUUGAAUGUAUGAAUGAAGCAAAUCAGAAUUCAUCAUCAUUAUUAUUAGAGAAUCAAUCAACUAUUACAGUUGGUUGGUCAUUGAUUAUUGUUUGUUGUGGAAUAUUUAUACUUGGUAUAUCAGUUUGUCUUGUUUUAUUUGAUAGAGGUGGUGAAGAAAUUGAAUAUCGUGAAACAAUUCAUCGAUCAUCAAAUUAUAUAGGAGAUUCAUAGAGAGAUAGAAAGACAGAAGAAAAAAGAGUAGUAACCAAGAAGGAAAAAGAAAUGAUAUUGGAAUGGGGAUGGAGUAAUUCAAGUUAAUAAGCAUCUAACUAUCUAUGGUGCAUAUAAAUAUUGAUUUUUGAUUUUCUGUAAACAAAAUAUGCACAAAACACAUAUACAUACAUUAAAGAUUUGUGUGCACAUAUACACAUACACGAUGCCUUAAUUUGUAUUCAGAUCAUAUUGAAUUGGCCAAUUAGUAUCAAAUGUUCUUUGUUUUUUUUGAAUAUUCUAUAGGGAUUUCGAAACUGCAAUUGGUCUCAGUUGACUAUUUACAUUCACCAAUAGCAUAUCUGCUUGGUUUAAAUGUGUUUGCAAUUUUGUUGGCACAAGGAAAAGGAAAGAAACAAGAAUUGUGAAAUAAACUACAUCUUCUUUAGCCUUUCCUUAUAUAAAAAUUCAUAUUCUCAACAUGAUAUAGAAA